UGUAGGUUAAAGUGUAACAGUUUUGUCAAAAGUCAAUCUACAGUACUAUGUAGGUUAACAUGUAACAUUUGGGUGAUAAGUCAAUCUAUUGGAAGGUCAAAUCACAACGUGCACAAACUUGAAGUCUAGCUGACUCUCUGGCAGUUUUCAAUGGCAGAAUACAAACUCUACUAUUUCUAUGUUAGAGGUAAGGGUCAAGUGAUCAGAUAUGUCCUUGAAGAUAAUGAUGUCUCGUUCGAGGAUAUAGUAGUUCCAUUGUGGUCAGAGAAGAUAAAGCAACGUUGUCUUAGCGACCAGGGAUUUUACAUCGAAGAAGUUUUAAAUCCUAAACCGGACUGGCUGAGCAAAGAAUGGCAGGAGUUGAAACCAAAAACUACAUUUGGUCAACUACCCUACCUUACUGGCCCAGAUGGACUGGAGCUAUCUGAAUGUUAUGCCAUAUUGCGAUAUUUUGGACGCAAACUUAAUCUCUAUGGCAACAAUGAUAUCGAGGCUGCCAAGAUUGAUAUGUUACUAGAGCGUGAACAUCAAACAUUGGUUGGGGUACUUAUAUCAUUGUUAACAAAACAAGAUGAUGCUGCAAGGAUAGAGAAUACGAAGAUAUGUGAUACCCUGGCAAUAUUUCAGAAUCUUCUGGAAAAGAAUAACAAAGGAGAAGGCUACUUUGUGGGAGAUAAGAUCUCUAUUGCAGACUAUGCCAUGUUGGAUCUCCUAGAUGCCUGUACGAGUCUCUCAAGCACAAUGCUAGAUGCCUACCCAACACUGAAGUCAUUCUAUAACCGCAUGGCUUCAAGGGAAAAGAUUGCAGCGUGCAAAGCCUCAGAAAAGUACAAAUCUUUCUAUGUUACUGGCAAUCUUGGACGAAAGUAGAUUGAUAUAGAAACAGUAUCUAAGUUGCAAACAUGAACAGUUCAAAUUGUUGCCAGAAAUGCUAUCAUUGUAAUCGAAAUGUGAACAAAUCUUAAAGAUUUGAAAAUAUUCCAAAUAGUACUAUGGCUCAAAUGUGAAGUGAUUUCAGUCAAAUUGGCAACCAUAUUUUGGACAUCUUGUGAUAAUUAUAAUGGAAUUAAAUGAUAGUUUUUAGUUAUUAAGCUCAAUAAUUAGUUUUCUAUGAGAAACCUGUGACAGAUGGGUAUGGAAUUGCAAUAGCUCACAGUGUGAGCUAAAAAUAGUGAUUGUAACAAUAUAUCGCCACUUCUUGGUGGAAUGACAUAAUAACAGGAUAAUAUUAUUUAUGUACAAAAUUUUGGAUUAUAUGCAAAAUAAAGGAGAUGC